UUGUUGUUAUGUCGUGUGGACCUGAUGUGGACUUUUUUCAGCAUUUUUUGGCCACGACAUUCAUCAAGACUCUGUGCUUGGUGGUUGCGCCUUCUCGGCAGCAUGGGUAUACCAGCACUGUUUUUGACUGGGAGGAAUAUCAGCGCCAUUUGACUGUCGUUGCUGGACAGUCCCGGGGCGCUUGUGUCUUGCGCCUGUAAUGGGCAGCAUUUUUCACAGCCCCACUUUGUUCAGCGGAGAGAUUGGUGCUGUUGAACGGUCUGCGGCUGGAUGGAUGUAAGGCUUGAGGAGCCGACGAUGAGAAGAGGGGACGUUAGCGCGUAGCGCCGAUGCGGAUGUGGAACUGGGAGUCGCGGCUUGGAAUUGAAGUGGAUUUGCAUGUGACAGGAGAUGUGAGCCAAUCUCUUUUUCGUCACUGGACGCUACAGCUUCGUGUUUGCUUUCAAAACUUAGCUUGUAGCAGACGUGUGCACAUUUUCAGCAUGACGUCUCUGAUCGACUGGUGAAAGGACACUUUGAUCCUCUCCUCUUUCAUCUAUAACUGCUUGAGGCAACAAAGUGUAUGCAGAAAAGUGGUGAAGAUUGCACGACUGUCUGUGUCCCAUGUGUUGUGUUAUUUUUGUUAUUUUGACUUCAAAAUGGUGCCGCGUGAGUGGCUGCCUUUAGAGCAGCUCCUAUAUUUUGUUGUUCUACUUCUUCCUUUCAUAACUUUGCAGCUGUGAAUCGGGAAUUUCUCCAUUGCGAGUCUAAUAAAGGUUUUCUUAUCUUAUUCACCAAGGCGCUCCUUUGGUUUUAUUAUUCUUUGUCCAGAUGGCUUUACGAGUGAAGAAAUGCUCAAGCUGUGGAAAGGUCUGUUCUACUGCUUGUGGAUGCAGGACAAACCACUUUUACAGGAGGAGCUUUCCAACUCUGUUUGCACACUGAUUCACACCUUUCAUGACAUUGAUGGACAACUAUUAUAUCUGGAGAGCUCCCUUAAGACCUUCAAAAGAGAGUGGACUGGCAUUGACAGACUACGAAUGGACAAGUUUUUCCAGCUGAUCCGCUUCAUGUUCAGACAAAGCUUUGAGAUGCUGAAGAGAAACAAUUGGGAUAGCAGUGUGGUCUCAAGAUUUCUGGAGCUCUUUGCAACAGAGCUCCUGAACAGUGGCAACGGUGCACCUGCUGGUCUGCAGUUUCAUAUCUUGGACCUUUACUUGACGGAACUAGGAGCUGUGGGUGCAUCAGAGCUCACUGCUGACCAGAACCUGAGAUUUAUCGAGCCAUUCUGCAAAACGGCAGCCAAGACCAAGGAUUUAAUUGACCGUCUCACCAGUCGGACACUUUUCCGAGCGAUCUGCAACAGCAUCUUCAACACAAUUAUUGACCAGGCUCCCUAUGCCAUUGAGGAUCUGAUGAGGGAGCUGAAAGAAGCAGAGUCCUCUGAUUCAGGCCAGUCCUCUGAUGAUGAAGAGGACCCCGUGAAGCAGAUUAACGGCAGUAAAUCAUACUUGAAACAGGGUGCUCAUGAAUCAGGAGACUCCGACACAGAGUUACAAUUUGAUGAUGAUGAUGAUGAUGAUAAUACAGCACCAGUUCUACAGUUUGACUAUGCAGCUCUUGCUGACAAGCUCUUAGAGGUGUCAAUUCGAAGUAGCACACCCAGCCACAAUAGAGAGAGGCUCUACAAAAUCAUCAAAGUGCUGCAGGAUCUCAGUGAAGGUCUAUUUCCUCAAGAUGGCUAUCCAGAGGAAGUCUCUACAGAUGAGGAUGAUGAAAUGUUUGCCAGCAGAAAGAAGAUGAAGCGUGGAUAGAAUGCA